UUUACAUCUAGCGCCCAUCUCCUCUAGGCGCUGCAGAAGUUCUGCUGGAUCACUGCUCCCGCCACGCUCCUCUUCCGCCAGGUCCACUCUCACUGAAGCUAAAUGAUGGCGACACAAUCAACAACGGCGUUUGCCCUGGGCGUCCUAGCCCUGGCCCCCGGGGGGGCCAACAUCGACAGCAGGACCGGUGGUGGCGGGAGCAGCAGCAGCGGUAGGGGCGUGGGUCUGGUAGAUGCGUUUGUCGGGCAGCCGACCACGAUUCGGGCGGGCGGCGGGGGCUACGCAGAAAUCUCCGCAAGACGCUCCGGUCUCCAUCGCUGCAUUGGCGAACCGUGCGAGAAGCUGAAUCGCGCCGCGUUUUCGUCGCCCUUGACGAUGAUGACCCUCAAGUCCGGUCCGCGUCCAACCAGCGGCGGAGCCAGCGGUAGCAGUAGCAGGAGCGGUCGUGACGACGUGAAGCCACGCGUCACUCGAACGACCGGGUUCGGCAACAGCGCGGAGGACUUCAAGUAUGUGGCGGAUAUCAAAGGCGGAGUUGUCGGUUUUCUGGAGGCGAUGGACCAGUCCUUGUCCGGCGAGCUCGUGACUGUGGUCACUUACAUGCCGUGGUGCCGCUCCUGCCACCAUCUUCGGCAUCGUCUUCGGGUGCUGGCAGAGGCGCAUGCCCUGGCCGGAUCAGGGGCCAUGUUCUACGAGAUCGACCUCAAUGCCAACCCGGAGGUUCACAAGAUGCUGGACAUCCACGCGACACCGACGGUGCUUCUUUACUGUUCGGGCCAGCUGGUGGACGAGUUCACCUGCGCUGGCGAUUCGGGGCCUAGGGUAAUGCUCAAGCACAUCGAGGAGCAGGUGGGUUCCAUCCCAGACCCGUGGCAUAGAAUACGGUCUGGGCCUUCCCCCGAGUCGCCGACGCCGGGGACGACGUCGAGCGUCCCCGCUACGGAGGACGAUGCCUGAUUACAAUGGAAACCCAGGGUGCAGGAUUGGUACGUGUACAACAAGGAUAAGGGGAAUCGCGACGGCGAGUGGUCCCUUCCUCUGAUACUGAGAGUGUGAUUUCGGACCGGGAACCAGUUCAGUUAAAGGGAAGAAGCUAUAUUCCGCCAGGGAGGUUGAAACGAUGGCGGGGGUCCCCUCCUCCGAAUGCGAGGCCUUGAUUACGAGUGAAAACCCGAACCCCGAAAAGAUGUUUGCGGUGCAAGGGGCGGGAUUCGUUCCCUUUAGAGGAGAGAACUGAUUUCCUAACCGAUAUCCGGGGCCGUGUACCGUUUGCCGGAGAUAUAGAGGGUCUGUUGGUGAUGAAACGAGAGGAAACCGUGAUGUGCGGCGGAAUAGUGCCGGGUGCAAACCGUCGAGGAGAUGUACAGUUGGUCUUGCGGAGUGGUUCGGGCUUACCCAGUAGAGCGAGGGGAAAGCGAAAACCUAGAUAUAUUAGUGUGGUCUUCAUAGGGAACUUACCGCCUGAAUUGAUUGCAAAACCCGUGUGUUCGACCAACAGGUGGGUUAAGGUUCUCUGCAAAGAUGAUAGGGGCCGAAUGAUUGGAAACCUUUUUGAGUGACAAAUGGGAGGGGGGUUGCUUCCGGGAUUUUUGCUCUUGCUUUUUGAUCUGAGUUAUAUCUUCGAUGAAAGGAUAUCCCGGACUACGCCGCCAUUUUUCGGCCCCUGCUUCUCUUCUCGUCCUCAAAAGACCGCAAGAAGAUACUUUUGUUCAGGCGGAGACGAAGUUGAUCCGUGCUACGCGCGGGCGACGGAACGAACAAAGAUGAGAAAAAUAAUUUUACGAAAAUCGGCGUUUGUAUAUGCCACGAGCUGGAAAAGAAGCUGAAACGGCCGAUACGAUGACGGUAGCGUAUCUUCACGUGUAUAUGGAGCAAGUUGGCGAUGUUACUUGUAGAGGUUGAGAGCGUCUGGGGCGAUGAGCAGAGAUGAAAAUGAAUUACCCUGCAGUAUGCCAAUAAUCUUUGCGUGUAAAAAGCGAAACUGUGCGGACCUUAUGAAUCCGCUACGGCAGACGGGAGGGGGCGUGGGGGGUCCACGUUUUUUUUGUUUUUGUUAGCAGCACUCCGUGAGUUCACUAGAGGUGCAGUAGGCGUAGGCAGGUAGUUGUGCGUCAGAGGCAUUGUCGAGUGUGUUUUGGGAACUGCAGGGUGUCGUGUUGCCAAUUGAGGCGGUAUGUAUGCUUUUUGAUUGGCAGAUGAGGCAUUUUCGUGCCGCCCAAGUUCGAGGCACAUUUCCGGUUUCCCCACGUUGUUCGAUUCAUCGACAGUAGUACAGCUGCAGUGAUAUUUUGGUUCCUCAGCCGUUGUUUUGACAACAUACCGGUGAUAUUGUU